CCGAGUAAUCGACACUAUAAGCCAAAAAAUCGACAUGUUAUUCAGCAGGCCUUACAGCAGCUUCGUCUCAGAUUUCAAAUUUUAACCUGCGAACGGGCAUACUGAUUACGGGUUGUAUGGCAUGAGGAGGAGGAGGUAGCUGUAUUGUACUGCAAAAGUCUUUCAAUAUACAAAAAAUAAAACAUCUGUAAUGCAAAAAAAAUUUUUCGAAAAAACGAGAAUUUUGGGCUGUUUUUUUUUUUAAAUGGUAUCGCAUAUUUUUUGUAUAUUGCUUAUAGUACUGUAAUAGACUAUGUUGUAAGUAAAAUAUUCCAAGAAAAAAAUUGGGGAUCACUGUGCUUCCUUCCCAAACACACAAACCAAUAGGCUAUUGUAGAGUGAAUUUCGUAAGCGCGUGUUGCUAUAGUAACGAACUCCUACUACCCCCGGCACCGUCUAGACCUGCGAUCAUUAGUUGACUAGCGGGAUCGAUUCCCAGGAACCGCCAACGUGCAUUAUGUGCAUGGUUUCACUUUGCAGAUGCUUCUGUCUCGGCCCGUCCGUCUGCCAAUCUUAUUUUUCGUUGUUAGUUUCUUUAUUUGUCCGCAUGUUCAUUUGUUUAGUUCAAUGCACCACGACGGCGGACUCCGAAUUCAAAGAUUUUAACGAUGUUCUUUUGCUCACAGUGGACGACACGGAGUUUAACGAAGCGCAAAAAAUAUUAGACAAUGUCGAAAUACCCAGCAAGAAAGACGAAAGUGACAAAAACCGUUGCUUUGGAGAAAUCGGUAGCAAUAAAGUGACGCUCUUGAAAGUUCCACACUUCGGCAACACCCGCACUUCGUCAGGUCAUGACGUUCUGGUUUAUGAAACAAUCCAAGAACUUAAACCGAAAGCUAUUGUUACUCUGGGAGUUUGCGAUGGUGUAAGGAAAGAAGCACACUUCCUUGGUGAUGUCGUAGUGUCAUCACAAGUUCACUUUCUUGAGCAACAGGAUGAAGAUUUGUCAAAUUUUGAUCGUACAACGUAUGACUGCAAUUUGGGAUUGGUGCAUUUGUUCGACCGUGGGAAAUUUGCAUGGGUUGGUCCUUGUGAAAAUGUUGUAGUUCCAAAAGUCCAUAUUGGUCAGUUUAUGACAGGUUUACAAGAUGGUGACGACAAAAAGAGGGAUUUGCUCAAAGCGGGAACAAUUGGAGUAGACAAAGCGUCAAAACGUAGGUAUACUAAUGCGAGCGAUCGGAUUGAUUUCCUAUUGGAAAACUGGUAUAUUGUCAGUUAGAAGCGUCGUCCCGGGUAAAUUUUCUAAAUCCUCCAGAUCCGAGGAGAAAACGGUUGUGCAGUAAGAAUAAUUAAAUAGUCAGGCCCUACCAAUUUCAUAACUAAUAUCAUUUUAGUCAAUUUAUUCGUCUCUAUUGGUUAAAAACUGUAUCGAUUAAAGAUUUAUCGGGACGUAUACGAGCACGCGUCCAUUCCGCACGGUCACGUGAGUGCAGUAAUUUUAAACACAAACUCUAAAUAAACAACGUGAAAAUUGAUAUUAUUGUCUGAGCUUUUAUUUACGCUCAAAUACAGAAUUAGAUAAAGAAGAAAUAAAGAUUAUUUACAGUUUUUAUAGGUUUGAAUCGAAAAUUGAUGUCAGAAAUUACUCUUGUGCUACGCACUCGCAGUAUUAUAAAUAUUUCGCCACACACGCGUUAUUUACACUAUUCAAAAGCGCAUAUAUUUAAAUACUCAAGAUGGCUGCCAUUCCAUCAACUUGUAAGCUUGGAAUGCCAGUACCUAUACAGGGAUCGAAUCUGUAAGUUUCUAAUGACAAUUAGACGCCCUAAUCAGAGGCUAGAGGUGAGUUAAAGCUCGUCAGAAAGUUAACAGAAACAUGUCACCUUCGGAUAACGCUAUCGUGUGUAAGACAUGAAUGUCUUUGAGUUCCGAUGUUUCCCUCAAAUAUCAAAGAUAACCUCAGUUUUAUCGUUUUUAGGGGUAUAUGCAACAUGUCAGAACUCUCGAGUGCCGUGGCUGUCCUGUAAAUCUAUCGCAAAGUGGGAAAAUGAUGUAUGUCAAAAUUUGACUUGGUGUCAAUUUGGUUCUGCAGUUUCAGCUUCUUACAUUCAACAUGUGCUGAAGAGAUUUUAUAUUCCAGACGAAGUUCAAGGUAUGUACACGGUUACCAAAUAUAUGGAGAAUAAUACGCGCAAAAACACCUGGACUAAAAUUUUUCUUGUUAGUCUAAAAUUAAUGGUGUUUAGAGUAACUUACUGUUCCUUGAUAAAUUUCCUAGUUAAUUUAACCCCAGUACUGGUUGUUUGCCACCAUUCUCACAGCCAUUGUGGCUAAUCUAAACAGGAUUCCUGGUUCAUUUAACCAGGCUAUAUGGUUAAACUAACGAGAUCAUGUUAGGUGGAUUAUUAACCAGGAAUAUAACAUUUUGAAUGAUUUGGUACACAUAUGUUUUAAAAUUGCCUUUCAAAACAACUUUCAAAAACUGAAAAGUCGCGCCGCGUUGUAGCAUCGCGUCUGGUGUGGCUCGGCAAUAAUCAUCACAUGUUCAACUGAAUUCAGCGAUAAUCAUCACAUGUGCAACUGUCAUAAGUAAUCGCACAAGUGAGAUUACUACUUUCAUUAGUGACGCAAAAUUAAUAAAAAAAACUAUUUUAUAUAUACAUGUAAUAUAUUAUACCUCAACUUUAAAUUGUCCAAUCAAAAAACCGCACGUGUGCCACAUGACGUUCUAAUUUUUUACCAAAUUCUAUGAUUACGUAAUUAUAACACAGCUUGAGAUAUCAUCUGUCGGUCGAUAGGACUAACAGUUGAUGGUUUUUUUGUAGAUGGAAAUUUUGAGCGGAAGAUUAUAUACAAUUUUAUGUUUAACCAGGAACAGCUGCGAAAAAUACAACUACUGUAUAGGCCUUCUGCCAGGAAUUGAACUAGCCUGCGAGGCAGGCUCUGGUUAGGGGAACGAAAAGCCUGCAGUUGCUUCUAAUAAAUUUUCGUGCCGCCCUUACAAUAAAAUCAAAUUUGCUUUGUCGAUUGACCAAUCAUAUCAGAGCAGAAUUUUGUUGUUUUCCUCCUGCGAAAUGUCAAUCACGCACGUGUCUUGCGAUAUAUGUCGACUUCAAUAAAUUAAUACAGGGAUGGCAAACAUCAGUUUUUGUUAAAAGCAAUUUUAUAGUUAGAGCAAAUGCAUUUUUCGCAAUGAGUUUUUCUCGAGGGAACUAAUCAAUAUGCUUUGAGCGAAAAAUUAACCGGGAAUUCAAAGCCUUCUGCAAGUCGGACAGCUGUUUGAAAUUCAUCAAACCUGAUCAAUUCCCUGUAUUCUCAAACACUAUUGUAUAUAGGAAGAUUAAGGUUUAUUGUCCAAUACUAAACACUUUAUCGAUGAGCGCUUGCAACUUCGAAAAUUGCAGGUAAUGAAAAUGAGCGAGGAAUUAACGCUAUCUUAUACUUUCGCAACAUCAACACUUAUUCGGUGCAGAAAUCCUAGAAUAUCUGCACUCGCGUAUAGGAUGUCUACCAUACUAUUUUACAGUGGAGUGAGUUAUCACGAUAUUGUUACAAUUCUGUACUUCGAGAAUAUUUAGUACAUGCACUUAGACACUCCUCGAACGCCUUGUCGUUGCUGACCGCCGUCACUGCUGACCGUUUUAACUAUUGAUGUUACUGUUGAUUGACAUGUCAUUAGAGCUAUGGCCAAUGAAAAGCGAGCGUUUGAGGGCGAACGCUAUAUGCAAAAAUUUAUUAGAAGCGACAGUGUCGCAUGCUAGACUUGAACCUGCGGCCUUGCGAUUCCGGUACAGCGCUCUAACCAACUGAGUUACAGAGUUCAGUUGUCGAGCUCAAAACACUAGAACUUGUAUGUAUACAGUAUAAUGGGUGAUGUACCGCCCGCGAUGUUUAUUGCUGAUAUGCUUGUAUUCGCGUGCCACAGUAAGGAAACAUCACCAUAAGUUGGUACGAUUGUUAGUAAAUGUAUAUUGCAAGCGUGCACUUAUUAUAGAAUCGACCCGAGAUGUUGGGCAGUCAAAAAUGUCACAGUCACUAGUAUUUUGACUAAUUGUAAAUGUUUAUACUUUAUAAUCAUGUGUAAUGGCUUAGUUAUGAGUAAAACAAAUUACACAAGCGGCGGCAAUUUAAAAUAAACUGUAGCAAGUAUCCUACAUGAUACACUUGGUUCAGCACGUUUGAUAGCGAUCUAUUUGAUUGCCCGUGAGCAGUUUGAGCUGGCUGAGUUUUAGUCGGAACUAUUUUCAUUCCAUGUUGUUAAAUUGCUGAAAUGUACCCUGUGCACAACACAGACCUUUCUAGCUCGGGUUGAAAGACACGAUCGAUAUUUGAAGCAUUUUCGGCUAUUUGAUUUGUGUGUUUAUGGUUACAUAUACAGUUGAAACAAACACGCUAAACAAAGCCAUUAAGACGAUUUUUUAAAAUUAUUUGUGAUUACAUGCUGCUCGAACUGUAUUCCGUGUCGGGUGUUCCGACUGCGUUCCAACCGCGUUCCGACCGCGUUCGGAACGCGUUUGGAACGUGUUCGGAAAGCGAACGCAGUGUUAGGUUAUUUCUGAGCAGUACUGUUUGUCCACCCCGUAAUGGGUAAAACGACACUUUUUGUAACUUCCAAAAGCAAUCAGGUGCUACGUUGCUUUAAGCUAUUUUCCUCUAAGUCUACUAGAAGAUAACGCCUGCAGUUUAACCAUAUUUUUUAUAUUUCACCACAGUGUUUGACAAGUCCUUGCCCAAGCCCUGUCUUCCUCCCAUGGUGCCCUAUUUCAUUGGUCGACAACAAGAAUGUGAAGAAAUCUCGCGUGUGUUGACGUCCACACCUGCUCGGCUAGUCUCUGUAUCUGGACCCCCUAGUUUUGGCAAAACCUCGUUGGCAAUUGCAGUAGGACACCAACUCAGACAGCUAGGACUACCAGUUUAUUUCCUUUCCUUGAGAAGCAUCAAGACAAUGGAAGAGCUGAUCUCUGACCUGUUAAACACCUUUGCACAUACGUCUGAUGUAACGACGCGAGAGCGUCCAAAACUGUACGGACUCCUCAGUGCAAUUCCUUCCAACAUUUGUAUCAUCCUCGAUAACGCCGAUGACCUUUUUGCGAGUAGUGGUGAAACGAGCCAAGAUGUUUUAGACCAGCUCGAAAAGAUCUUUUCUCAUUGCAAGAAUGUAUCCUUUCUGUUGUCCACAAGAACGAGCCUUCAAUCGGUGCUGGGAAGAAAAUUUGGCGCUCACGUGUCCGUCCGUGUUGCAUCGCUAGACAGGAAAUCGGCACAAAUGCUUGUUCAAAAACUUUUCCCCGCUGCUGAUGAAAGUGAAUGCUGCAGAGUGGCUGAGGUUUGUGGAGACGUUCCACUGGCCAUCAAGCUUUUGUGCGGUCAAAUCGUUGACGAGAAGAAGAGUAUAUCUCAAUUCCUUGACCACUUUAGCCGUUCAUCAAAACCGGUAGUAAAGUUGUUAGACGAUCCAGAUGCGCCUAAUGAUCAACGUUUGAAUGUCUUGUUCGAGUCUUAUUUCAAAAGACUAUCUCGAGAACAGCAAGAAGCAUUUGUUUGUCUUUCAGUUUUUGUCAGUGAAGUGUUCGACGAGCAAGCUGCAGUAAACGUCAUUGGAGGAGAUGAAGACACAGCAAAGAAAACUUUGUUGAGGCUCAAGAGAAAAUAUUUGGUUGAAGGAAAUUCCUCCGAACCAGGACUGUUUUCUUUUCACCCUCUGAUCAAGUCAUUUAGUUCCGAAAGAGCAGCUGGCAUGACAGAAAUUGCUUACGAAGCAGAACGGCGAUUCCUAAGAUAUUACGUCCAGUUGUUUGAAGAUUUAAACAGCCAGUUUCUUGCUGGAGAUUCUCUCCUUGCAUUCCACGAUUUUGAAUUUAACAAAGAAAAUAUGGUACAUAGCCUCUCCGAAGGUCUUCAAAACAAAGCUCUCCUCGACGCACUUUUCGAUGUUCUUUCUGAUGCUGAUUUGUUUUUGGAUACCAUUUUCUACUUUGAAUGUGGCUGGAUGUUUGACAAUAUUUAUGAUUCAGCAAUAGCCAAGGCAAAAGAGCAGCGUAAAUUUAAAGCUGUACACCAAUUGCUGAUUGCUAAAGCUGUCGCUGAGAUAACCUGGUAUAAUGGAGCUACAUUGGCAUUACUGAAAGAGGCCGAAGAAAUAGAGAAGCAAAAUCCUCUUCUUAUUUCAGAAGUUUUCAUGGGAAAACGAAUGUGCUACCUUGGUAUUCACAUGCUAAUAUGUAAAGUGGAAGCGAAUGGAGGUGAAAUUCUUGAAACAGGGAUAUCUCUUUUGAGUUCUGAAAAUACUGUACUUAAGGUUUUAUGCUCCCAGAUUCUUGCUUUGAUUGCUCUUCACGCAGAAAAGUCUUCCUACUAUUGGAACAUUGUUUUAACUGAAUGCGCUGAUAAACCAACCUUGCAUGCUUUCGUCAAAGCUAUACAAGAAGGCGAUUGUGCUGACGAGAAAGAGAAUGAAAACUCAAAAGCUUUAAGUCAACCACUCAUUUUGGCGCUUACACUUCUCAUAUACCACAUUGCAAAAAACAAUGACAUGGAGGAGGUAAUCUAUAAACUUGGUUUACCAAUCUCGCAGUUAAAGAAAAAAAUCGAACACGAAGCACACAACGACCGUCUAUACUUGUCACUACUCUUCAUCGUUGAAAACACCCUGGCAAAAGUAAAAAUGGAGCAAGAGAGUCCAGCAGCGAUGCAGUUCGCUCUUGAUAAUUUUAUAAGAGAAUAUGGUCGGCUAAACUCGGAUACAGCCGCAAGGUACUACUAUAACAUUGGAAAAAUUCUCCUGAGGCAGAACGAUUAUGACGCCGCUUUGACAUGUCAUUACGAAACACUAGACAUCAGACUAAAGCUUUAUGGGCACAACCAUGCAGAUACCGCCGACAGCUAUGACCAGAUUGGAAGAACCCAACGUGAGAAAAAAAAUUACAAGUCAGCACUGCAAUCGUUCGAGCAAGCACUUGAUAUAAGACUAAAGCUUUAUGGGCACAACCAUGCAGAUACCGCCAACAGCUAUUGCCACAUUGGAAGAGCCCAUUUUGAGAGAAAAGAUUACAAGUCAGCACUGCAAUCGUUCGAGCAAGCACUAGAUAUCAGACUAAAGCUGUAUGGAAAGGAACACCCAGACUCCGCUACAAGCUACUUCAGGAUUGGAAAUUGUCAGUACAAAAUGGAAGAUUAUGAUUCUGCUUUGGAGUCAUAUCAACAGGCACUUGCUAUCAGACUAAAGCUUUAUGGGCACAACCAUGCAGAUACCGGCAACAGCUAUUACCAGAUUGGACUUACCCAACUUGAGAAAAACAAUUACAAGUCAGCACUGCAAUCGUUCGAGCAAGCACUAGAUAUCAGACUAAAGCUGUAUGGAAAGGAACACCCAGACUCCGCUACAAGCUACUUCAGGAUUGGAAAUUGUCAGUACAAAAUGGAAGAUUAUGAUUCUGCUUUGGAGUCAUAUCAACAGGCACUUGCUAUCAGACUAAAGCUUUAUGGGCACAACCAUGCAGAUACCGGCAACAGCUAUUACCAGAUUGGACUUACCCAACUUGAGAAAAACAAUUACAAGUCAGCACUGCAAUCGUUCGAGCAAGCACUAGAUAUCAGACUAAAGCUGUAUGGAAAGGAACACCCAGACUCCGCUACAAGCUACUUCAGGAUUGGAAAUUGUCAGUACAAAAUGGAAGAUUAUGAUUCUGCUUUGGAGUCAUAUCAACAGGCACUUGCUAUCAGACUAAAGCUUUAUGGGCACAACCAUGCAGAUACCGGCAACAGCUAUUACCAGAUUGGACUUACCCAACUUGAGAAAAACAAUUACAAGUCAGCACUGCAAUCGUUCGAGCAAGCACUAGAUAUCAGACUAAAGCUGUAUGGAAAGGAACACCCAGACUCCGCUACAAGCUACUUCAGGAUUGCAAAUUGUCAGUACAGCAUGGAAGAUUAUGAUUCUGCUUUGGAGUCAUAUCAACAGGCACUUGAUAUCAGACUAAAGCUUUAUGGGCACAACCAUGCAGAUACCGGCAACAGCUAUUACCAGAUUGGACUUACCCAACUUGAGAAAAAAAAUUACAAGUCAGCACUGCAAUCGUUCGAGCAAGCACUUGAUAUCACACAAAAUCUUCAUGGGAAAGUCCACACAGACGUUUCCUUCGCUUGUCAUCAGAUUGGAGCGACAAAGUAUUGCUUGAAAGAGUACGAUUCAGCUCUGCAUUGGCUUCAGCAAGUCUUGGAUGUUAGGGUGGCGCUCUAUGGAAAGGAACACCCAACCGUCGCUGACAGCUACUUUAGCAUUGCAUAA